GCAUUCUUAUUAUUGGGUUGGUGUUGUGCGAUCAGCCACAUGCCUUGUGAAAUUAUUUUGCAGAGCCUGAAAAUUUCUACAGACUUCAACUAGAAUAUCCAACAAUAAAGAAGAGGCCGUAAUUAAGUUACAGUUGUGGUGUUGGAAAUAACAAGUUCAAAGAGCCUCAGGACCCAAAAGGAUUUAGCCCUGGCAUCAUGCAGCGCUAUAGAGAAGACGCCUCUGACGAGAGCCAUGAUGAAGAAGACAUCCCUUUACACUACAAGCGGGCUUUCGGUGCGGGACUGAAGCGACAAAGGGUCGAGUUUGUUCCCGCCCAAGAUCCCGAUGCUGGAACCACAACCACAAUAACACCAGUCAAAUCAACAGACACUUCCAUCGGCGAUUUGUAUGCUAGCAUCGUUCUAAAGCCUUCCGAAGACAAAGAUCCCAAAGCCUCAGAAGAAGAGCCAGAGGAAAUAUGUCCAGACUGCAAACUCCCCAUCUCAUCCACUUCACAGCCUCACGAAGCAUCCUUCGCUCACCAAGUCUCACUCACACAUUCACACCCCCCAUCAGCACUUGAUCGCUCGCGCAUGGGUCUCAAAGCCCUGAAAUCUCAAGGUUGGGACCCUGAUGCCCGACGAGGUCUAGGAAGAGAGGGCGAGGGAAUGCGAUAUCCCAUCAAAGUGGUGGCAAAAGAAGAUACCCUCGGCAUCGGAGCGACGAUACCGAAAGAGAUCCAAGAAAAGAAAAAGGAAGAGAAGCCCAGGCCAUUAAACAGAAAGGAAGUGAAGCAGCUGGCGGCUAAGGAACGACAACGGCAUGAGAGACUACAGGGUGAGAUUUAUGGGAGAGUUGAUGUGGAAAGCUAUCUGAAAGGAAAAGGCGACGAUGGUUGAGGAUACAAGGCAAUGAGAAAAGACAAACAAAGACGACUCGACGCACCGGAUACAUUGUAUCCGGUCUACGAUAUCACAGGCCAUCACGCGGUUAAAGAGAUGCCUAUUCUAGGACCUGCUCAAGGACUCGCCGCCGGAUCAGAACACUCACCCGGAAAGACAACACUUGACGACUCUGCUGUAGUCCACCUGAAGCCAUCACAGCUGGGCAUUUGGCCUCAGAGCAUCGCGAUGCCAAUGCGAUCAGCUCCGAUCUCGAGAGCUAUUUCCAGUCUAGGGGAGGAAAGAAAACAGAGGACCUUGAUCCUAAAUGACAAAAAGACUUAGGUAAUAUAGCCUAAGCUUAAGAUAACUUUUGCUAAGUUUAUUUUGACACCCUAUAUGAAGGAAGGUUCGUUGUUUUCCUGCCCCCCGAGUGCCAGUCAACUGGGCUUAAGCACCAAGGUAAAUCAAGAGUUUCAGAUUGAACCAAGUGUUUCAUGUUGCAUGAACGAAACAGUGAUAAACAUACAGAUAUAUCUCUAUCGAGAUCUUCAACAGAAUAUCCACAAAUUGUGUUCUACCUAAAAAGUCAAGAUGUGAAGUCGAAG